AUGCCACCACCGCCGCCACCUCGGAAGCCAGACCCUAAGGCGUCCGGCGCUGCAUCGAAGGAGGAGAACAUUUACAUCCCCUCCUUCAUCAGUAAGCGACCGUUUUACGCAGGCGAGGAAGGCGAUGACCAGACCGACUAUCUCGAGCAUCAACGUCUCCAAAAGAAGAACGAAAAAUCGCAAUGGUACGAUCGCGGGAGGAAAGCUGGCCCGGCCGCGACUAAGUACCGCAAGGGCGCGUGCGAGAACUGCGGCGCGAUGACACACAAGGCGAAAGACUGCUUGAGCCGACCGAGGGCAAAGGGCGCAAAGUGGACCGGCAAAGAUAUCCAAGCGGACGAGGUUAUCCAGGACGUUAAGCUGGGCUGGGAUGCCAAGCGGGAUCGCUGGAACGGAUACGACCCCAAGGAAUACCGCAACGUGGUAGAGGAGUACAACGAGAUGGAGGCGUUGCGGAAGAAGGCCCUCAAGAAUGGUGAAAACGAGGAUGAGCAGGACGAAGGCGACAAGUACGCCGAAGAAAACGAUAUGAGCAAGCACCAGAGUACAGCCACGCGCCAGCUCAGAAUACGAGAAGACACCGCCAAGUAUCUUGUCAAUCUGGAUUUGGACUCAGCCAAAUACGAUCCAAAGACCCGAUCUUUGGUGGAUGGUGGCGCAACAGCGGACAAGGCAGCAGACCUUUUCGCAGAGGACGGAUUCAUGCGAGCUUCAGGGGACGCAGGAGAGUUUGAGCAGGCCCAACGAUACGCCUGGGAAGCGCAGGAGAAGAGCGGCAACACAACACAGCAUCUUCAGGCAAAUCCCACCGCAGGAGAGUUCUACCGCAAGAAGGAGAAGGAAGAAGCCGAGAAGAAGCGCGCCGAGAAAGAGAGGAAGCUCAAGGAGAUGUACGGCGAUACAUCGCAGUACACCAUGCCCGAGGACAUGAAGAAUCUCAUGACGGAGUCGGAACAGUACGUGGAGUACGAUGAGAGCGGCCUCAUCAAGGGCGCCCCCAAAAUCAUCGCCAAGUCCAAGUACCCCGAGGAUGUCUACAUUCACAACCACACGUCUAUCUGGGGCAGUUGGUGGCACAACUUCCAAUGGGGCUACGCCUGCUGUCACUCGAAGGUCAAGAACAGCUACUGCACAGGCGAGGAGGGCAAGUUGGCCUGGGAAGCAUCAGAGAAACAACGCACUGGUGUAGGUCUGCCCGAAUUGGAGGAGGCUCCUGAGCCCGCCAGAGAGGAAGACAAACAGGACAUCAUACCCGACAAAGCUGCGAAGAAGCGCACAGUGGAGGAAAUGAUGGGAGGGGUCUCAGAAGCAGAGAUGGAAGAGUACAGGAGAAAGCGUACGGCGGCGAACGAUCCGAUGGCAAAGUUCCUGGGAAAGGAUGAAUUGGUCUAG